AUAUGAUAUCUUCUCAAUAGCCGACUCGCUACCCUCGUCUUCUUCUUUUUCUUCUUCUUCUUCUUAAGGAGGGUUUUCUGUUUCUCUGAUUUCCUUACGUUUUUUUUCUCUUUUUUUCCUUUCGAUUUUCUUUUUUGCUUUUAAUUUUUUCCCUUUCCUUUCUCGCUUCCGGAACUUAACCCUAACCCUAAUCAAUUUCAUAGGCCACUUCUCCUGUUAUAUCUCUUUCUCUCUAUAUAUUCACCCACCCACACAAACAUAUAUAUAUAUAUAUAAUUAUAAGAAGAUGGAGCCGCUGAGACUGAAGCAGCAACAAGCAUUGAUGCAGCAAUCCCUCUACCACCCUGGUCUCUUAGCCCCUCCUCAGAUAGAGCCUAUCUUGAGUGGAAAUCUGCCUCCUGGGUUUGAUUCAAGUACAUGCCGCAGUGUGUAUGUUGGGAACAUCCACCCACAGGUUACAGAACCACUUCUUCAAGAGGUUUUCACGAGCACUGGUCCCCUGGAAGGAUGCAAGCUCAUUCGGAAGGAGAAGUCAUCCUAUGGUUUUGUGGACUACUAUGAUCGCAGAUCAGCUGCCCUUGCUAUCGUGACUCUGAAUGGAAGGCAUCUGUUUGGGCAGCCUAUUAAAGUUAACUGGGCAUAUGCCAGUAGUCAGAGAGAGGAUACAUCAGGUCACUUCAACAUUUUUGUUGGUGAUCUUAGCCCUGAAGUUACAGAUGCUACCUUGUUUGCGUGUUUCUCUGUUUAUCCUAGUUGCUCAGAUGCACGUGUAAUGUGGGAUCAGAAGACUGGGCGUUCGAGGGGGUUUGGGUUUGUUGCUUUUCGUAAUCAGCAGGAAGCUCAAGGUGCGAUAAAUGAUUUAAAUGGAAAGUGGCUUGGAAGCAGACAAAUCCGGUGCAACUGGGCAACAAAGGGCGCUGGUAACGAUGAGAAGCAGAAUUCAGAUGCCAAAAGUGUUGUGGAACUAACAAAUGGAACCUCAGAAGAUGGUCAAGAAAGGACCAGUGAUGAUGCUCCAGAGAAUAAUCCUCAGUAUACCACUGUUUAUGUUGGCAAUCUUGCUCCAGAGGUUACUUCAGUUGAUCUCCACAGGCAUUUCCACGCGCUUGGUGCUGGGACUAUUGAAGAUGUUCGGGUACAGAGAGAUAAAGGUUUCGGUUUUGUAAGGUUCAGUACUCAUGCUGAAGCAGCUAGAGCCAUUCAGACGGGAAAUGCCCGGAUUCUUUUUGGAAAACCAAUAAAGUGCUCAUGGGGCAGCAAACCUACUCCGCCAGGGACCAGCUCUACCCCUCUACCCCCUCCAACUGCUGUACAUAUGGCUGGUCUUUCAGCUACUGAUCUUGUAGCAUAUGAACGGCAGAUGGCAUUGAGUAAAAUGGGUGGCAUGCAAGCCCUGAUGCAUCCACAGGGUCAGCGAAUGGCUGCAGCUGGUGCUAGUCAGGCAAUCUAUGAUGGUGGGUAUCCAAGCAUUGCUACAACCCAGCCGCCCAUGUACUACCAGUAAUAAUUUUAUAGACUCCUGCUAAGCUUUGCUGGCAGGAUUGAAGUCUUAAAAAAUUGUAGGCUGUUUUAUCUUUUUUUUUUCCUUUUCUCCCUUCACUUUAUGGGUAGGUUGCUGUAUCUCUAUUUAUAUACCCGUUGUGUGUGAGGAUAUAUAUAGCGUGUAUUUUAUGUUGAGGAUGAUUAAUCAGACCAAACCUUGUCUGAACCAGUGUUGCUGUGGAAAUGAAUGCACAGCUUUGGUUGCCAGGGGUUUAAGUUAUCACUAAAAACAGUAAUAUGUAGUGGUUUCUUAUUUUUCCAA